CUGGGAAAGGGAGGGGAUUAGGGAGGAGAACGGGGGGGACAAACAUGGAUUCAAAGCUAAACACACCACAACAGCUUUCCGCUUUGUCAAGAAAGAUUUCUGAAAUGAGCCAUUCGCAUUCAUUACCAAUUCUCUUCAUACAGAAUAAUACGCAGCGUGAUUCCUGGCCAGCACUAGGAAAUAGGGCCCAGCCCGGGCCGGCUGGGUUUGGCCGGUGCCCGUGAAGCCUCUGCCCGGCUCCGCCCGCCCGCCCGGGGCGCUGGGCGAGCGCUGAGCUCCGCCGGGCCCGGCCCUGCGCGGAACCCUCCGCCCGCGGGAAGGGAGGGGGAGCCCGGGGGAGCCCGGCGAGGAGGCGGGGGAGGGCGGCCCCGCCGGCGGGAGUGGCCCCGGAGCCGUGCGGGCAGGCCGGGCCCGCUCCGGGAACCGCUGCUCCGCGGGGAAUCCUCCCCUCGGCCCCCGCCCGGGUCCCUCUUGUCCCGGGCGGCCGCGAUGGACUCCGGCAGCGAGACCCACGAACUCAACGGGACGGCGGAGGGCGCGGAGUCGGCGGCCGAGGAGCAGGUGUAUGGAUGGCCCUGGACAGUGGUGUGGUGGAGAAAGGAGUAGCAAGGAAAGGAGAGCAAGCAAAGCUCACACAGUGGCCAACUUCACAUCAGUCCUUAAAAGAAGACUCAAGAGCAAUGAAGGAACUUUUUGGCGCAGAAGGUGGCAGUGGUUCCAAAGGAACAGACCCAUCAACAUCAACCACUACGCCAACAAGAAGAGCGCGGCCGAGAGCAUGCUGGACAUCGCCCUGCUGAUGGCCAAUGCCUCCCAGCUCAAAGCUGUCAUGGAGCAAGGGCCCUCCUUUUCCUUCUACGUCCCACUGAUCAUUCUCAUCGGUCUGUCGCUCACCCUGCAAGUUAUGGUGGGAGUGCUCCUAAUAUUCCUUGUAAGAUAUGACCUUAACAACCCUGCAAAGCAUGGAAAGCUGAAUUUCCUCAACAACCUUGCAACUGGACUGGUAUUCAUUAUAGUAGUUGUGAAUGUUUUUAUCACUGCCUUUGGAGUGCAGAAACCAGUUGCUGAGCCAGCAUCAAGACAGUAAGACCAGAGACCUGGAGCAUUCAUUUUAGAUGCCAUUUCCAGUUGAGCCAAUUACACUGGACACAGUGGGGAAAGAAAAAUUUUUUUAAGAAGCUGGACACAGCAAGCAGCUUUCUCAAGCUUCCAACACACUUGUAUACCUGAAAUUUUCCCAUGUGUUAAUAUUUAAACUAAGAAAAGGUUAGUUUUGCCCUAAGGAUGCUGUUUUUCUGGAAUAUUGGCAUUUCAAUUUCUGAAGAAACUUAAUUUUUUUUUUUCAGAGAAGUAGCAUAAAUUCAUGAAACAAGGAAAUAUCAUCUGGUAGCAUUUCACAGGACUUUUCUUUUUGCAUGCCUUUGGUAUUUGUGGCAAUCUGUCAUUUCAAUGAUGGUAAGAAAUGUCAGGCCUUUGAUUCUGGCAUGGUCACAUUGUCCUUUAUUUCACAGCUUGGCACCAAACCCAUGUACUCUGUAGCCCAGCAGGGCACUUCCUUUGCAGCGUAUAAAGGUAGCUGUGCUUUUGCACAGCUUUUUGUUUGCUUUUUUUUCCCACUCUAGCUAAAGGAAAGAUGAGACAAACAGAAACAAGCAGCAUUCUUUUGCCUAGCUUUGUUCACAGGUAAUCAUUUGUAUUGUUUGUUCUGUACACAUUUAAAAUGUCCUGUCCUUCAUGCACAGACACAAAUAACCUAACUUAAUGUUUUUUUACCAUGAACUGCUCUUCUGUGUAUUCUGUGCAUUAUAUUUAUUUGUUUGAGUCAUAGAGUAGUUUGGAUUCAAGGGACCUUUAAAGGUCAUCUUGUUCCAUCCCCUGCCCUGGGCAGGGACACCUUCCACUGUCCCAGGCUGCUCCAAGCCCUGUCCAGCCUGGCCUUGGGCACUGCCAGGGAUCCAGGGGCAGCCACAGCUGCUCUGGGCACCUGUGCCAGGGUCUCACCACCUUCAUUGUAAAAGGAUCUUUCUUAUAUCAAAUUACUGGAAACUGUAUUAGAAGUGCCACCUUUUCUAGGCUCAACUGGUAAACUAGAUCCAGGGUAAACUUUACCCAUUAAACUGGUACCAAGUGCCUGUCAGCAGCAAUUCAAAUGGCAAAAUGAAUUGAGUUUUUCUCUCUAGUUUCCUCUCUCUCUUCCCAUCAUUGAUUGCUGCAGUUUUGUUUCUUUUAUGAGUUUAUGGCUAAAACAAAAUAAAUGUUUAAGUUUUUAUUUAUAAAUAUAUAUAUAAAGAGUUAUAAAUAUUUUCUAGUUUCUUACCUGCUGGCUCAGGGGCUUACACUUUUUCUAAAUACACUAUUGCUAAUAAUGAUGUAAGUUGCAAGAAUUUCUUCAGCAAAAACAUUUUAGUCAUUUUAUUUCCAAAGUAUCAUACCUGCUGUAAGAAAAAUCUGAAUUUUCUAGGUUGCACUUAUAUGUAGAUGCAAGAUGCAGAUUUGUAUGAAUCAAUUUUCUUGGCAUCAAUUUUCAAAAGCUCCUUUGUACGUAAGCAUAGAAGAUUGACUUCAUGUGUCUCAUCUCAUUUACAGGUUUUACUACUGACCUUUCUCUUUGGUUAUGUCUCAAAACCUGUUGGUGUACCAGACUUUCAUGUAUAUGUUCUGUAAGAAACAAAUCAAACUUGUGUGAUUUGUAAUGGAAUAGACAUUCUUUUUUAUUUUCUAAUUUGUCUUUUGUUACCUCAUUUCCAUUGUAACAUGUACUUAACCAGUAUCCAGCAGGCAGUGGUUUAAUUUUGUGGGCUGUAGUAAUGUAAACAUAACUCAGAACAAGUUCUGAAUGAGGCACGCAGGACAACUUUCUUUCUGUAUUUAUUUUUCACAAACCACCAACUGUAGGACUCUUCAUGCCCACUCAUGGCUGUCACACUUCUGAUGCUGCUUCCCAUGUCUUUUCUUGUAAUUAGGUAAGAUUUGCAAACCAUUUUCAGACAUAAAAUCUGUAUUUUAAGUCUUUGAAUCCUUCAGAGUUCAUGUAUUUUUUAGCAGACAGAAGCAUCUGCAAGUUGGUUUCAAGUAUAAAUAAUUUAAUCACAGGAUUAUUAUUCUUUUAAGUCAGGUGCUGCUUUAAAAUUUGGGCAAGUAUCUCAGAGGGGCAGCAAACAAAUACAUGCGUUUGACUCA